AUUAACAAAUAAAAAAAAAUCUUAUAUCAUUUCAAACUCAUAAAAUGGCACUUACAAGCAGCUUCCUCCUAACAUUGUUGCAAUAACAUAAUGUGUAUAACAUUAAAGUCUUUUUCCAAAGACUUCUGUUUUUUUUUGUUUUUUUUUUACUAGGUUUUUCUAAUUUGUGGGUUAAAUUUUUGGUGCUCCAGCGACCGAGAUGUAACUGAGAGAAUACAGCCAUUGUUCAAAAUAAAAGUUUUUUCAAAAGAAAAGAUUGUUCAGAUUCAGAUAAUAAAUAGAACUGAAGUUAUUUAUUUUCGGGGCGGCUGGUGGCAAUCUUGGUGACAGUAAUUUAGCCUCUUAUUUAGUCAAGAGCUUCCUUUGACGCGCAAUAUCACUGCCAGUUAUGUUUUGUGAAUUUGUGUGUUCACCAGUCUGAUCCUUUAUUUGUCUUCUUACAGCUGACAAUGUACUGCCCCUUUUGUGCGUCCACCUUGGUGUCCCAACCAAAGUUCUGCUGUUCAUGUGGGAAAAAUAUCAGCUAUCUGUAUAAUGCCGAUACACCUCAACAAGCCAGGCCAAGUGAGGGUCCUGACACCACAAUGGUGGAUGAACUUAUUGCCAAGUAUUUCACUGAGGGCCAUAGUUAUGAAGUAAUAGUAGACUUUCUAGCCACCAAGCACAGCGUUUCAUUGAGUCUUAGCAGUCUAAAGAGAAGAUUAGAAGAUGCUGGCCUGACCAGGAAGAAAAACUACACUCCACUUGCAACUGUGCAGGCAGCAAUUACAGAUGAACUAAAGGGAUCAGGCCAGCUUUUUGGUUAUAGAGCAAUGUGGCAGACUCUUAAACAGAAAUACUCUUUUGUAGUCAAAAGAGAUGAUGUCAUGCACCUAAUGGCAGAAAUGGAUCCAAUUCGAGUUGAAAAUCGAUCUAAACGCAGAUUUUUCCGAAGAGUGUAUCGAUCAGUGGGACCUAAUGAAGUCUGGCACGUGGAUGGGUACGAUAAACUUAAACCCUUCGGAAUAGCAAUAAGUGGGUGUAUUGAUGGCUACUCCAGAAGAAUUAUGUGGCUCAAAUGUGGAAAGUCCAACAAUGAUCCUACAAUCAUUGCUCAAAUGUACAUGCAGUGUGCAGCUGAGCUUGGAGUUAUCCCUAUGCGUCUCCGCACUGACUGUGGCACAGAAAAUGGACUGAUGGCUGCACUUCACUGCAGCCUGAGAUCAGAGCAUGGAGAUGAAUUUGCAGGAACCAAAAGCCACAUGUAUGGAACUUCAACAGCCAACCAUGGCAUUGAAAGCUGGUGGUCCUAUUUUCGG